GGAGAGGCUGGAGCAGACACACAACACACACGCAGUCCCAGAUCAUCAGCAGCACAGGAGGCAAGCACCAUGCCAUAACAACAGAGCGACCAGACGGGGACAAGGCGCCGCACUGCGAAGCGAAGGAGGUGUGUUGCUGCAGCCGCUCAGGAAUGUCCACCGUGCAACCCUGAAGACAACAUGAAACGCAAGAGCGAGAGGAGACGGGCAGAGUCGAGGAAAAAGCGCUGUGCAGCUCCCAACAGCUCAGAGGCGGAGCCUAACUCUGAUAUUUACACUGAGAUAACAGAUCAACUGUAUUUCGCCAUAUUAAAGCAAAAGAUCAAGAGCACAGCUGAGCGCCACUGCUUCUGCAUAGAUGAAGAGCUGGCAUAUGAGAACUUCUAUGCGGACUUUGGUCCCCUUAACCUGGCCAUGUUUUAUCGCUUCUGUUGCAAGCUGACAAAGAAGCUCAAGUCCAUCACGCUGUCAAGGAAGAAGAUCAUCUUCUACACCUGUGGAGAUCAGAAGAAACAAGCCAAUGCUGCCUACCUGAUCGGCUCAUAUGCAGUGAUGAAUCUAAACAUGACGCCAGAGGAGGCCUACAGUCUGCUGGUGUCCAGGAAUUCAACAUAUAUUCCAUUCAGAGAUGCUUCGUUUGGAACCUGCAUGUACAAUCUGAACAUCCUCGAUUGCCUUCGUGGUGUUCACAAGGCUCUGCAGUACGGCUGGCUCGACUUCUCCAAAUUUGAUGUGGAAGAAUACGAGCACUAUGAGAGGGCAGAAAAUGGAGACUUGAACUGGAUCAUUCCAGGAAAGUUCCUCGCGUUCAGCGGGCCUCACCCAAAAAGCAAAAUAGAGAAUGGGUACCCUCUGCACGCUCCUGAGGCAUACAUCCCAUACUUCAGGAAUCACAACAUCACCACUAUCAUCAGACUCAACAAGAAGAUGUACGACGCCAGGCGUUUCACAGAAUCUGGCUUCGAGCACCAUGAUCUGUUCUUCGUGGAUGGGAGCACACCAAACGACACCAUCGUCAGGAAGUUCCUCAAUAUCUGCGAGAACGCAGAAGGAGCCAUUGCAGUGCACUGCAAAGCUGGUCUGGGGAGGACUGGCACUCUGAUUGCCUGUUACAUGAUGAAACAUUACUGCCUGAGUGCUGCAGAGGCCAUCGCCUGGAUACGGAUUUGCCGACCAGGGUCCAUCAUUGGACCUCAGCAGAACUUCAUUGAAGAGAAGCAGAACGGUCUGUGGGCAGAGGGAGAUGUUUUCCGAGAGAAGAUGCUGAAUGAACGAGAGAACGGAAAGAUGGCUGUAACCAGGAUCCUGUCUGGUGUGGAUGAUAUAACCAUUAACGGGAGCAACAAGAACAGGACAACAAAGAAAGAAGAAAUGGACCUGUAUAAUGAUGAUGAGGAGAGAAAUGGCCUCACACAGGGCGACAAACUGAGAGCCCUGAAGAGCAAGAGGCAGGCCAGAUCGUCCUCCGGUUCACUAUCGCAGGUGGUAGUGUUCUGCUGCAGCCUCAUGGGCACGGCGUGGCCGAUGUGUUGCCUGCCGUUCAAAAGAUAGCUGAGAGAGGCAGAGAGAGAGUGGGGGAGAGGAAAAACAGAGAGAGGAUGUGAGGUUUUGUAUGAUGGAGGUAAGUGCACGUCACUUCCUUUUUUAACUGACAUCCUCUUCCUGUAGAAACGGUUGCUAUGCCAGUGAACGGUACGGCUGAGUUUUGAAGUUGUCCUUUUUUUUUUUCUUUCUUUCCUUUCUGUCUCUCUUUGGAUGACCAUGGUGUGAAGUGGAUAUGCACUUAGUGGAUGCAUUACAUUUACACGCCUUUCAUUGUCUGCCUCUCAUGGACGCACCGAGCUGAUCUGCUUUGAUAUCGAGGCUUACCUGAGAUAUCCUCUGAGAUACAGUAAAGCUCUCAGGUUGAGCCUGCUGUGCUUGUUAACAACGGCACCAAUUAUUCAACUAAUCACAGUUUUACGUAAGAUCUGGAUUAGUUGAAUUCAUGUUUUAGUGCUUGGCUUGCACUACUGACUUGGCACGUCUCGAGAGAAAAUGUUAGUCAGGGAAACUGGGUCCUCGUUCUGAUCUGCAGUACUUCCUUAGUGUUUGGUAAAGUAGCUAACACGCCUGCUCAACCAUUUAAGCAGUAGGUAUUUUUGGAAUUCGCCUGUAGUACUUUAGUGUUAGAAUGAUGUUUGCCUGAGGUGUUUUAUGAGUUUAAUUAGCCGCUUUAAAUGGCAUCGCUGGGCAAGUAAACUUCUCCUGAUCAUCAUUCUAACACAAAGGAUGAUAAAACAUCAUAUGUGAGCUUCUGAGGAGGUAGCAGGAUGAAAAUGCAUCUUUUAUCUGUUCUCAGGAGGGAGUAGAGGCAGAAGGAAGAUUUGUUCGCACUUCAGGCCAUAUGCUCUCUCAGUGUAUUCGUUGCUACAGAAACCUCUAACUUCCAGCUGAACUUCACCAUCUGGCCCCACUGUUUGUUUUAUUAUGUAAUACUGAAGUGCAUGUUGAAUUCCAGAGACGAUUAGAACGACGAUUAUACGAAAACGUUCUCUGCCCUUCCAUGCAUGGCAACAGGCACGAAACCCUCGGACAUGCACGCAUGGACAUGCCUCUGUGUUUGAUCUAUGUUUGUGUCUAACAUGUAAUUAAUGUUGGGCCGGGUUCAUUGUCAAUGGCCUGUUGUUUUUCCAUUGCUUUGGUGACUGGAUCAGUGUACACAUACCAUCUGAGCUUUGGUUACUCCUUCAGGCUUCUGUCUCUGCCAGCUUCUUUUUAAAUGUUCUGUUUUUGUGGAACAGAAUUUGAUAACAGAUACUUAAAUAUUUUUACUAUAUAAAGACAUGUUUUUGUGAACAGUUAAAGAGCUUGACUGAUAUAUUGGCAGGCUGGUAUCAACCACUAUUUGCUCAUCACAGAUAUAGAAGGUCACACAUAUUUUGGCAGAUAUUGCUGUCCAAAAGUGUUUUUAUAGACUGCAUUUUGAAUUUGUAUAUAACUUUGUUUUUUAAUACUGUACUGUUGUCAUUUGGUUAUUUAUUGUGAUUUAAAGGCUCAGUGUGUCGGAUUUAGGGGGAUAUAUCGGCAAAAUGGAAUAUAAUCCAUAUUAUAUCUACACAGGGAGCAGGUUCUCGUCCACAGAGUCCACCAUGUGUUUCUACAGUCCAUCCUAGAAUGGACAAACCGCGUUUUUGUGUGGGCCACUGUAGCUAGCAGCCCAUCUGUAACGAGCCAAAGAGCUAGUUUAAAUCACCUGAUAGGUUUGCUUUGGAAAGGAAGAGACCUCUGCGGAUAAUUUGGCUCUUGUUAAAAAUGUCCUGAAUGCCUAGAUCUUAAGUUACCAGAGGAAAAAAGAUGAGCACACAUCAAAGGGGAACACCAGCUAAAUUACAAAUUCCAAUAUGUUAUGUACAUGACCUAGGAAAGUUCAAUCAAUAUUUGUGAACUUAAGCUACACUCUCUCCGAAAGCCAGAAACCAGAGAAGUGAGUCUCAAACUUGUGAUGUCAUCAAGUUUAAAGUCUGGAGCCGCUCCAUAGAUAAUGAAUGGGAUAAUGAUUUUGUGGACCCACAGAAUGUUUUUCUUUUUUCAUACCCAAAUGAGUUUUACACUGUUGUAAUGAUCUUAGUUCUUGGUGCUCCCAGUGUCAACUAUAUCAUCUUUCCUAAUUCAUUAUCUGUGGAGCAGCUCUAGACUUUGUACUUGAUGACAUCACACAUUUGAGCUUAAGCAGUCAAGUUUUGAAUCUAGGAGAGUGUUGUAGAGUUAUAUUUUUAGCAUAUAUGAAUUUUGAAAACCGGUUUAGUUCCCCUUUAAGAUAAGGUAAUAAAAAGUUGAGCACACAUUAGCAGGUGCUGGGUUAACACACCGUCUACAACAUGCCAAACAGCGCUGGAGAAACACUGAUUUGUAGCAUGAAACUGCUUUAUUCAGUGUUUUUCUGGUUUUAAUCACCUUGUGCUUUCGUUUUAGAAAACAGAAGACCUCUGCUUUUAAAUCGGCCGUUGGUAAAAACCUCCUGAACAAUGAACACUAAAGGAAUUAUAAUCAGGACUUCACACUUGGCACAUGGGACAAGUUUCAGCUGGUUGCAAUCUGCAGUCCUCCCCACUAGAUGCCAAUAAAUCCUUCACACUGUUCCUUUAAAUACUAACAAUGUAUUGUGUAUCUGUUAGUUUCAACUGUAAAAUAAUCUGCUACAUAACAUAUAUUUUCAUAACUCUUAUAUUACUAAAUUAUCAUCAUUGUCCAGAAUGCUAAAUCACUCGGUAUAUUACCAGCUUUUUUUUUUUUUCUUUUUUUUUUUUCUUUCCUUUAAAUUCUCAAAUAUCGAUGUCUAUUUGAGUAUUCCCACAUCGGUCGGGUUCCAAGUAGAAAGCAAACUGCUAACACAUCAGAGCAAGUGAAGAACAAAAACUUGCUGACUGGCACUGUUGGAUGCAAGGCUCUUUGAAAGGUAUUUCAUCUAAUCCAGUCCCAGUGGAAAAGCAGAACAUCAGAGGCUUUGUGUCCUGCCCGGACGUCUCCUGUCUCUCCUUCCUUUUUUUUCCCCCCUUUUUUUCCCGUUUGCUCUUGUUGUUGGAUUUGUCCUCCUUUCAGAUGGCUGGUAGCCAUGCUGCUCUCCUCCCUGUGUAGCCUUGCCCUGUGGUGGAUUGUGUAUGGCUUCCCUUCUUCCAUCCUGCAUUUCUGUAUAGACGGGUUAGGAUUUCAAUGAGUUCUGCCGCCCGUCAGCCCCCAAAAAACCUGUCCUGCCCCCCCUU